AAACUCUACUCCAAAUUAUUCCAGCGCAGCCACGUAGCGCUCGAGACGUCUGCUCUGUAUGGAGAAACAAAUCGCUUUUUAAAUCAAAGCGCAAAUGAUCACAAGAGCGACACCUCUCCAGUUGUGAAGGAAAGCCUUUAGAAGGAAGGUAGAGGGUGUUUUUGUUUUUAUUUUUGUUUGUUGUUGAGGGAAGUAGCGAUGCAGCAGGAGGAUGCGGGGCCGCGCUCGGGCUCAGAGGACUCUCCUGCCCCCGACAACGCGGCCAAACAAGCCGUCUCCGUGCUCAUGUCUUUCGGAAAGUGUCUCGGCGCGCUGCUGCCGGUCUACCUGGCUGGAUAUUUCGGCUUCAGCCUCACUUUGGUCCUGCUCGGCCUCGCUGUAUAUAUGGGAUGGCAGCAGCACCGCGAUCGAAAGCUUCACCGCCUGCGCAGUGCUAUGUAUUUACAGGAAAAUGAGCAAGAUUUCACCACAACACGAGUGUUCAAGAGCAAACGAGAAUUGCCGGCAUGGGUAAAUUUCCCAGAUGUGGAGAAAGUUGAAUGGCUUAAUAAGAUCCUGAAGCAAGCCUGGCCUUUCGUGGGUCAAUAUUUAGAGAAGCUUCUGGUGGAGACGAUUGCACCCUCGAUCAGAUCCUCCAACGCUCAUCUUCAAACAUUCAGCUUCACCAAAGUGGAUCUGGGGGACAAGCCUGUGAGGGUGGUAGGAGUGAAGGCCCACACCGAGCAUGAUAAACGUCAGGUAUUGCUGGACCUAUAUAUCAGCUAUGCUGGCAAUGUGGAGAUCAACGUGGAGGUGAAGAAGUACUUCUGCAAAGCUGGAGUGAAAGGAAUUCAGCUGCAUGGAAAGCUCAGGGUGAUCCUGGAACCGUUGAUCGGCGAUGUUCCUCUUGUUGGGGCCAUCACGAUGUUCUUCAUCCGGAGACCUAUGCUGGAUAUCAACUGGACAGGACUCACUAACUUACUGGACAUUCCAGGUCUGAAUGCCAUGUCGGACACUAUGGUAAUGGACGCUAUCGCCUCUUUCCUGGUGCUUCCCAACCGCCUCACUGUCCCUUUGGUGGCUGAUUUGCACGUAGCGCAGCUCCGCUCCCCUCUGCCACGGGGCAUCGUGCGGAUCCACUUGCUGGAAGCCGAGAACCUGGUCGCCAAAGACAACUUCAUCAAGGGCGUGAUCGCUGGCAAGUCAGACCCAUAUGCCGUGCUGAGGGUGGGCACGCAGAUGUUCACGUCACGCCAUGUGGACAACAACCUCAACCCGCAAUGGAGGGAGAUGUACGAGGUUAUAGUUCAUGAGGUUCCUGGCCAAGAACUGGAAGUGGAGGUUUUUGAUAAAGACCCUGAUCAGGAUGAUUUCCUAGGGAGGAUCAAGUUGGACUUGGGUAUUGUUAAGAAAGCACGAGUUCUGGAUGAGUGGUUCGUUUUAAAGGAUGCACCAACUGGAAAGGUUCAUCUCAGGCUGGAGUGGCUUUCACUGCUGCCCUCUGCAGAGCGCCUUACUGAGGUCCUCCAGAAGAACAAAAACAUCACCACUUUCGGUAAGACUGCUGAUCCUCCCUCCUCCGCCAUCUUGACCGUGUACCUGGAUCGGGCCCAGGAUCUUCCUAUGAAGAAAGGCAAUAAGGAUCCUAGUCCUUUGGUGCAGCUUUCUGUUCAGGAUACCACAAAAGAAAGCAGGACGUCUUAUGGCACCAGCAGUCCAGUGUGGGAGGAAGCCUUUACUUUUUUCAUCCAUGACCCUCGUAAACAGGACCUCGACAUUCAGGUGAAAGAUGAUGACAGGUCUGUGUCUCUGGGUAAUCUGUCCAUCCCUCUGUCUCGCCUGCUUUCUGUUGCUGAACUCAACCUGGACCAGUGGUUCCAACUGGAGAACUCAGGCCCUGCGAGUCGCAUCUAUUUGAAAGUCAUACUGAGGAUACUUUGGGUUAACGAAGAGGCCAUUCCCACCUCACCUGUGUCCCCACUUCCCUCUGAUCCGUUCUUUGGAGGAGGAGAGGAGAGUAUCAUCUCAGACGUGACAUCAGGAGGAACCAAUAAGUUACCCACUCGUCCUCAGCACACAAGCCCUGAUGCCAAUUUUGCCUCAGAGGGUGUACUGAGGAUCCACCUGAAGGAAGCUCAGACUCUCAUAGCUAAAGAUAGCUUCAUGGGUGGCAUGGUGAAGGGCAAAAGUGAUCCUUAUGUAAAGAUCCGUGUGGGAGGGACGACCUUCAAGAGCCGCGUCAUAAAGGAGAAUCUCAACCCAGUCUGGAACGAACUUUACGAGGUGAUUCUCACGGCACUCCCAGGCCAAGAAGUGCAGUUCGAUUUGUACGACAAAGACGUGGAUCAGGACGACUUCCUCGGCAGGUUUAAGCUGAGUCUAAGAGACCUCAUUAGCUCGCAGUUUACUGAUCAGUGGUAUGACUUGAAUGAUGUGAAAUCAGGACGGGUUCAUCUGAUGCUAGAAUGGGUGCCAAGAGUUUCAGACCCAACCAGACUUGAACAGAUUUUGCACUACCAGUCUCAGCAGUCGUAUGUGAAUAAAUCAGUGCCGGCUGCAGCCAUCCUCUUCACUUAUAUAGAGCGAGCCCAUGGUCUGCCUUUAAAGAAGAAUGGACAUGAGCCAGUCGUGGGAGCGGAGCUGAUUCUCAAGAACGUUUCUUCCAAGAGUAAGCUUGCUGAGCGCUCUACAUCUCCACGCUGGGAUGAAGCAUUCUGCUUUCUGAUCCAUGACCCCAGAGAGGAAAUGCUUACUAUCAAACUGUCUCACAGCUGGGGCCAGCCCCUGGGUGCAGUGGUGCUGCCUUUAAAAAACAUUCUAAAAGAACAGGCCUUAGUUCUGGAUCAGUGGCUCCCUCUGGAUGGGGCCUUGCCUGAAAGUGAGAUAUUGUUAAGGGCAGAGCUCAAGCUGCUUCACUCUAAGUUGGUGGAAGGUGGUGAUGCUACUAGUGGCAGUGAAGAGGUGGAGCACAGAAUCCCCAGUGCUGAGAAAGAGGUUGCAGCCAAUCAGGAGCUUAGACACAGGGCAGCUCCAGCCCAUGGAGGCGGAGAUGCUGGAGCUAGUGGGCGUGGCCAGGUGAAACUCUCUAUAGCUUACUUGGCUGAUGAGAACAGACUGGCCAUCACUAUCCAUGGCUGCAGAAAGCUGCCACCAUGCUCCAAAGACGGCUCAGAUCCUUAUGUGUCCUUCAUCCUCCAUCCUGACAAGAACAGAAGCACCAAAAGAAAAACAAGCGUCAAAAAACGAGACCUCAAUCCUGAUUUCAAUGAGAGGUUUGAUUUCAACUUUUCCUUGGAGGAGGCCAUGCGGAGACGCCUGGACAUGUCUGUCAAAAACAGUGGUUCUUUCAUGAGCCGUGAGAAAGAGACCAUUGGCAGGCUGCAGUUAGAUCUGAAACAGAUUGACCUGAGGGCAGGAGUUACACAGUGGUACGAUUUAACAGACGAGACCAAUUAAUCUGGGCUUUGUAAUGCUUACAUGACAGUGCCAUUGCACCUGUACGUCUGCAUGCUGCUAAUGUCACUUUACCUGUAUAGCACAGUGCAGUGAAGGAGGAAGCGUUAAUAACGUGAUCUUAUGCCAUUUACGCUCUGUGCUUGCUGUUAAUUUCCAGCAAUACCAAAUGCGUUUUUGGACAGACUGUAAAUGUCAGUGCAUGCCAGCAGAAUAAUGUGCCAUUUUGACCCAAAGGGUAUGAAGUUUGAGAAUGAACGGUUAUGAACCAGAAAAAAAGCACUGAAACAGUGUUCCUCUAUGGUGAUCUUAAAUAGAGUUUCCUUAAUAAGGUUCAUCAUUUCAGCAUCCAAGACACAGGUCCACAUGCUUUUAAUUUUUUUAGCAUAUUACAUAGCAGGUGUCAUAAGAUUUUUUAAAAACUUCUUGUAUUUCCACUUCAGAGUUGUUAAAGCUGUAUUCCUUAAAAACGGGUAAAAAUCUUUAAACUAAUAUUAUAUCCCCUCAGAACAUUCAGAAUAAAUAGAACUAAACAUAUCUCCAGUUGUCACUGGGCUGCCCUUAAGGGUAUGUCUUUUUUUUUUACCGUAUGUAUCUUUUACAUGAGUAUACCUUAUAUUAUAGUAUAGCUUUAUAAACUUUAAAACUAUUUUAAGGAACAUUAAUGGUUAUUCAAGCUACACUAUAUGCAACUGUGUAGGUAAAAGAUUAAUACACAUUAAUGGUAUAAAAAGAGUGUACUCUCCAGUGACAAAGAAAGGUAGAGUUUUAGUACCAUUUGUUCUGAGUGUCACAUUGUUUAGCUGUAUGCUGGUUUAAUUGCCUUUGUGUUAGCAUAUUUUUUUUCUUUGCCUUAAACACAUCUGCUCACAGCAUGAAAAAUUUCUGUUCACUGUGCAUUAACUUCUGGAUGAAGGAGUUUCUUUGUAUGUGUGUAUAUCUGAAAGGUUGAAGAGACUGAGCUGUUUCGGUUUUAUCGAAAAGAAAGAAAAACAUAUCAGAAACAUAUCACUGUGCUUUUUCUAUCCAUUCCAGACAAAUUUGAGAUCAUCUUAUGAGGACUAAACUUGUGGAAGUGUCUAUAUGUGGAAGUUCUAUAUUUUUGUAGACGUGCCAAUUUAUCACUAAACGUUUUGAAGAAAGUUAUAUAAAGGUUACAGAGAAGAGUAAGAGGAUUUACAGUCUGUUGAUGCUGUCACUGAGAAAUCUGUAUUGCAGCUGUUCAAUUAAAGAUACUCUUUGCACUUUAAAUGU